AUGUCGGCAUCGAGCACCGCCGGGAGAGCGGCGAGGCAGCUUCUGCGCUCAUCCACUCAAUCUGCACGCACCCAGGCUUCCACUUCGGCACUGACGCCCGUCAAGAUCCUACAGCGGAACGUAUCGUCUUCUUCCCCACGUGACUCCUUCCUGACCAACAUCAGGGACCGCCUCGCCAAGGUUGCGCUGGGAGACAACUUUACCGAGUCGCGCAGACGAGGAGGAGUGCUGCCGGAAGAGCAGGCUCGACUCGAGACGGAGCGAAAGCGGGAUUCGGCCAUGGCCUCGGUGUCGCCGGACGGCAUGCCUCUGUUCGACGACGUUGAGUCGCUACCCAUCUCGCAGCAGGCCGAGCGCAAGCAGCAGCGCAUCUCGGCGCGCAUCGAAGCGCGCCAACUGCGCAAGCGCUUCAACGCCAAGGACCCGCAGACCGGCGAGGCGCUGGAACACAAGUACUCGACCGCAGCGUUCAAGAUCUCACCGCGCAAACUGCAGAUGCUUGCCAACCAGAUCAGCGGCCAGCCGAUCGACUAUGCGAUUUUGCAGAUGCAGUUCAGCCCCAAGCGCGCCGCCAAGCGCGUGCUGAGCACGCUGGCGUUGGCCAGAGACCACGCAGAAGCAAAAGGGAUGCAGGUUCCCCGCUUGAUUGUUAGCGAGGCCUGGGUCGGCAAGGGAAUCUACCUCACAAGGACGGAUAUCAAGGGCAGAGCGAGGAUGGGCAGGAAGCAUCAUCCCCAGGCGAGGUUGAGCGUCGUGUUGAGGUAUGGAAAGACGUACGCUGAGAAGGAGACGGAGAAGAUCGCAACGGCGAGAAAGAGGGUAAGGGCGAUUGGGACGGGAGGCAUGGUCAGGACGGAUCAGAGCAUCGUCAAUCAAUUCCAGAGGCCAGGGUGGGGCUGGUAG